AUGCUUAAAGAAUUUCGAAUGGAAAACUCGAAUUCAGUUGAUACUCCAUUGGUUCCUCAAGGAGAUCAUAAAGUUCCCGAAGUUACUAAUGAAGCAGAUUUUCCGUACAAGAAAGCCAUAGGCUCUCUGUUGUAUUUAAGUUUAUUUACAAGACCCGAUAUAUCUUUUGCUGUAGGUUAUUUAUCUCGAUUCCAAGCCAAUCCACAACAGUAUCAUUGGACAUUAGUAAAAAGGGUUUUCAGAUACUUGAAAGGUACCAGUCAGUUGGGUCUAAAAUAUACAGCAGGUUCCCCAACGUUGUCAUGCUAUUGUGAUGCAGAUUUUGCAGGUGAUGAGAAGAGUCAAAAAUCGACAACCAGCUUUGUGAUUUUUGCAUUCGGUAAUCCGGUUGUAUGGUGCUCAAAACUUCAAUCAACAUUAGCACAAAGUUCAGCAGAAGCAGAAUUUAUUGCACUUACUCAUGCUACUAAUGAAGUUCUAUUUUUAGCACAGUUAUUGGCAGAAACUGUGGGUAUCAGUUCAUUUCCUGUUGAUAUAUAUGAAGACAAUGACAAGACAAAACUAUCUUGCAGGUACAAGUAA